AGGUCAUGUUCAAUACUCCUAGGCUUGCACCAAAUUACGGUUCAAAUUCUGUAAACAACUUCGGGGUUGGCUCUAUGGUCGAUAAUCCUUUGUCAAAUUCGAUAUAUGACUCGGACGGCCUCGAUCCAUGGAGCUCAGCACCGAGCCCGGCACCUCCACCGCUGCCAUCCUCGUCGGCAACUGGUGGAGGCUCGAGUUUCACCUCCGUUAUUGGAGAAGCUGCCGUGCCGCCGAUCUACCAUGAAGCCUUCGCCACAGUUGACGCAGCCAGCAUUGGUGAAACCUCUGUAAACGCACUUUCGCGCGUUCUUGAAACUUCUGCACUAUCAGCUACUACUAUUGAUAAAAUUGUCAGCCUUGUAAGCUCCAAACCUCGCGUAUCCAAAGAAGAGUUCUUCGUGGCCUUGGCUCUCGUCGCAAUUGCUCAAAGUGGAAGAGAUCUGAGCAUCGAAAUGGUUGCCGCACUCGCACAAGAGAAUGCGCUCCCUGCACCUCAGCUUAACUUGUCAGCGAUUGCCCCUUCCAUUUCUGGCUUUGCGAACUAUCAAAUACGCGCGCCGAUGCCGGUAAGAGCGUACUCCGAUGACCCGUGGAAUGCAUCCAAGCUUCCGAACGCACCUCCACCUACCGCCGCCAACGGAAUCCUGUCUAAUGGGAUUCCUUCGAGUAUCUCCGGAACGGGCUUACCAAGUAAUUGGUGGAGGAGACAGGAAAACAUAACGGUGAACAUCCUCGGACAGCAGGGGUUCAUUUUGAAUCGUUAUCUUGUGUACGAGGUCGCGACAGAUCGUGCACCGCCGGUACCUCGUCGAUACUCAGAAUUUGUCAUAUUGUGGGACUGUCUAGUUCGUCGAUACCCUUUCAGACUCCUUCCGUCACUCCCCCCGAAGAGAUUGGGACCGGAUGAAAGCUUUAUCGAGCAGCGCAGGAGGGGCUUGGCUCGCUUCCUAAACUUCGUGAUUAACCACCCCGUAAUCAAAGAAGACGGACUGCUGGCUGUCUUUUUGACAGAGCCAUCCUUCGAGUCGUGGCGAAAACAUUCUACCAUCUCAUACGAGGAGGAAUCUGUCAGCAAACGUGUAGACCGAGUCGAGGAGAUGGCCAUACCCAGUGAUCUUGAGGACAAACUCGCUAUUGUCCGCGGCAAGAUCGGUAUACUAAUCGAACAAUGGCAAAAGAUCUGUAUUCUCGCCGAGCGCAUGAUUAAGCGGCGCGAGGCAGCAGCGGUACGGGUCCCUCCCACUACUCCGCGGCGACCCUUCAUACCAGCUCACUUCGGUUUGCCUUCGUUUUCUUCUUCUUCCGACGUCGCCGACAACGCCUCCAUGGCCUCAUCCGUGUUCUCUGGGCUAAUGCAUCCCGGGCGUGCAUUGGAUAAUCCGUCACAGGCGGACACGGCGAGGUUGACCAACGCCCUCAAGGUGGUAGUUGAGGUUAACAGUAAGUGCUGGCGUGGGGAUGAGUGUGAGCUAUGUUCCGGUGUUCGCCAAGGCGUGGCGAGCGUCGCCGCUCACACUCAGCAGCACGGAGACGCUUUGGAGCACCGGGCGCGCACGUUGUUGUAUUCGACGCUCGAAGCUCUUAAGGCCCAGAGAGAUCUCUACAUUGCGACCCGAGACCUCUUCAUCCGCCAUGAUCGUUUGUCUGGCGAUCAAGUCGAAAAGCUGAAAAAGCGCGUUGAGACCAACUCUUUGAAGUUGGAGGGUGUCAAGCAAGCCAGGAAGGAUGGCUGGGAAGUCGAGGCCGACAAGCUUUCGGGCUUGAUCGAGAAGGACCAGGCCGGUAUCACUGCAGCACUCAAUCGUAGAGUCUUCGUCCGAGCCUGCAUGUGGCAUGAACUUCGCGUUGUGCUACACAACCGGGAGAACACACUUCUUACUGAAGCUGCGAAGACUCUUGCCCGAGAGGAACGCGACUUCUGCGAGGGCGUCACCGUCAACUGGGGUCGCUUGGUCGAGGCGCUGGAGCCGAUGCCUUUUGAAUGAAUGUUGGGUGAGACGUGCGGAACGCCGAAGAAGAGUGGACACGGAAUUUAUACUUCAUCGUAUUAGGAUACCAUAUCAUUUAUAACAGGCACGAUCUCUUAUGACAUUUUUGGACGUACUCGAGAACUUUUCACGAUAAAGCAGACUAAUUCCUGAACAUGAUAGUCAGAUUAAGAGAGGAUACAGGUAUGACAACGUGGUAUACAGUUAACAGUACACUACAUUUGCUUUCACUGGUUCCAUCUUUGCGGAGAGCCCCACUGUCGAUCGGAUGAAGCACCUGGCUGGCCGCCCCUGCCUCGACCUGUGCCUCGACCUCCCCACCCCGAAUCACGCUGUCGGUCGCCCUGUUGUCCUCUUCCUCUUCCUCUCCCACCGCUCCUGCCUCGGUGUCCACGUCCCCCGCCUCGGUCGAACGAAUCGUACUGAUGCCCGGCAGGCGGCGGCGGCGGCGGUGGCGGAACGCCAGAGCCGUAUUGCUCGUACGAAGGUGGUAUAUAGGGCGCAUGCGGCACAGCAGGCUGUUGGCCCGCCACGGGCGGGUACGCCGAUGGGAAGGGUAGGAGGCCGACCCAUUGCUGAUGUGGUCCUGCAACUGGCGAGACCGCGGAGGGCAUCGGCGGCGGCAUUGCCAUAAGCGCAGCCGGCUGAGGCUGUUCAGCUGGUACAGGUGCGAUUGUUAUCUGGCCGCUCUCAGACAGAGUACGCAACAUCUCCUUAAUUCGGUCGGGGCCUAGUGACACGAUUUCUUUGAAACUAGUCGGUAAGUGUGGCGGAGCGGAUGUGGAUAGUAUUGGACUAGCGGAUGGCAACUGAGGCGUCAGAGGCUGGGAUGACUGUAGCGGUACCUGGUGGUAUUCAUCUCCAGCGGCAGCCGGGGGAGGAAUUAUUGGGGUGGGCGUUGGGGGUGCUGGAGGAGUUGAUACCGGCAUAUUGGCUGGAGGGGCAAGCUUACCCCUGGUGAGGACCCAGACGCCAAUCAUACAAUUGUGUCUUCGAAUUUUCGGUAGCUGCAGGUCGUCCAACAACUCGAUGAAUUCGGGUAGUGGUUCGCUAGCCGGGAGCGGGAUAAUAUACAGUUCGCGGCCAGGAUGGUGCUCCUUUGGCCUAUGGCCCCAAGGAAAUAUGAGACCGUGGCGUCUGAGAGAAGUUCAUGUC